UAGCCUGGAGAUUUUCACCAGCUGGUGUGAUGCUCUGUAAACGUGUGGAAUUCUAGGCACCCGUAGAUCUCAAAGCAGCAGGCAUCAUUAGAGCCUCUGGGAGCAUGCGACACCGUGGUUUUUAACGAUGAACUGCGUUGGGCCGUGAUGUGUGCUUUGGACGGAGCUCCCGGGAUCGGUGCCGGUCCAUGUUGUCUGAGUGUGACGGCGAUGUGACAUCAUCAAGCCUCCUGGUAACCCUAGUAGGCGGCAGUUUGAGCGUGAGCCAUGCCAGGCUCCUGCUUCGACUCCGUUUCUCCCAGAAGACGGAUUUGCGUCAGCCAGGACACCUUGGCUGGUCCCCGCACCAGCUCCUACGACAGACCAGUCAGAUGCCAGCGGGUUGUCAAUGUAGGGGGUGGCACCCGGACGCAACACCCCUCUCAGUCUGCCUCAGCGUCCACCGAGGCGGGUCCAGGGGGAGCACAUGAGGAGGCCGAGCCAGGGGACCCGCGCCCUGAAUCAGACCACAGGCAGCCCUGCAGCCAGAGCCGAGUGCGAGCUCCAAGGCAAGAUAGCGGAGGAAGAAGCAGCAUCUGUGUCACCCGACCUGCAGGCAUGAGGUCCAUCCGGUCUUUUGCAAAUGACGACCGUCAUGUCAUGGCCAAGCAUUCAGCGAUCUACCCGUCAUCAGAGGUGCUGGAGGCCGUGCAGACGCUGGUGUCCACCGUCGAGUGUGCCCUCAAGCAGGUGUCCGACUGGAUGGAUGGCCUGGACCGGGAGGACGCCCCAUCCGCAGACUCUGGGGAGAGCAGCACUACCAGGGAGCAGAACAGCAGGGUUCUCUGCGGGGUGACGCGGGUUGGACUGCUGGCCAAGGGGCUUCUCAUCAGGAACGACAUAGACCUGGAGCUGGUGCUGAUGUGUCGUCAAAAGCCCACGGAGAGCUUGCUGCACAGGGUCUCUGACAACCUGCCUCUUCAGAUCCAGAACCUGACGGAAGACCAGUACGAGGUGGACUGCUGCACCCCAGAAGCCUGUGUCCGUGUGCACAGGUCCUGGGAGCCUCAGCUCACCCUGAAGGUCACCCUCACGUCGGCACAGUUGAGAGACAGUCAGCACCAGGAUGAAGCAGAGAACGUCGAGCUGGAGGAUCCGCCUGACUUGCUGGACCAGCAGAGGUGCCUGCUUGCUCUGGCAGCCCUGCGACACGCCAAAUGGUUCCAGGCCAGAGUCACUGGGCUGCAGUCUUGCCUUAUCGUGCUUCGGAUUCUCAGAGACCUCUGCAGCAGGGUCACCGCCUGGGAGCCCCUGAAAGGAUGGCCCCUGGAAUUGAUUUGUGAGAAAGCCAUAGCCACGUGCAGCCGGCCCCUGGGUGCAGGAGAGGCUCUGCGGAGAGUCAUGGAGUGCGUGGCCUCUGGAAUCCUUCUCCCGGGUGGACCAGGACUGCACGACCCCUGUGAGAAGGAGCCGACAGACGUGCUGUCAGACAUGACAGCUGAGCAGGCCGAGGCUCUCACCUGCAGCUCCCAGCACGCCUUGCGACUGCUGGCCUUUGGGCGGAUCCACAAGUUGCUGGAGAUGGACCCGCUGCCCUCAAGCAGACCCUUGCAGAAGCACUCUGGUCUGGAUAAAGAAGGACUGGGACUGAAGAGACCCCAUGAGGAUGGAUCCAUGGACGACAGAGACCUGCUCAAGAAGAUGAAGUGCAACCUAAGGAAGUUUCUUGACAAUAAAGCAAUAGACACCAACCAGCCAAUGAACGCCCUGAUGCGACUGAACCAAAUUCAGCCUGGCCUGCAGUACAAGCUGCUCUCCCAGUCAGGCCCGGUCCAUGCCCCGGUCUUCACCAUGUCCGUCGACGUGGACGGCACCGUCUACGAAGCCUCAGGAUCCUCCAAGAAGGUGGCGAAGCUGCGAGUGGCAGUGAAGGUUCUGCAGGCAAUGGGAUACCCGACCGGCUUUGCUACAGACCUGGACCCCCUGAGCGCUGACGAAAAGUCGGACGGCGAGGGCAAGGCUGACGCCACGUCUCCGUACCCCAGCAAUAACCGCUCUGGCUCCUUCACGGACAGCUCGAACACGCUGGAGGUCCGAACUCAGGGUCCCAUCCUGACGUCCAGCGGGAAGAACCCCAUCAUGGAGCUGAAUGAGAAGCGUCGGGGGCUGAAGUACGAUUUGAUAUCGGAGAGCGGGGGCAGCCAUGAUAAGCGCUUUGUCAUGGAGGUUGAGGUGGACGGGCAGAGGUUCCGAGGAGCUGGACCCAAUAAGAAGGUGGCGAAGGCCAGUGCCGCCCUGGCUGCUCUGGACAAGCUGUUCUCAGGGCCCAACGCCUCCGCCAACAGGAAGAAGAAAGUGCUCCCCCAGGCAAAGGGAACCCCCGUUGGCACAAUAAUGACUGCUGCUGCCCAGGCAAGCAGGGGCCAGGCCAGGGGGGCGCUGGCGAGAGGCGCUCUGCUGGGCACGGCCACGGCCCCGGGAUACAUCGCCGCAGCGUAUGGAGCUCCGUACGGAUACAGCAGCGCUCCUGCAGUGCCGGCUCCUGCGUAUGACCAAUCAUCUCGUUCAACUGAAAAUGGAUCUCUGUGCUUUAUGAGGCAAUCAUCCUCUCAAUGACUCAAUGAAGACACAGCAUAGCUACAGAAAGAGCUGGACCACGGUGCGAGCAUGUAGAGGACAGGCUGCAGUGAGAUGGCACUGUACGUCCCAGACAGAGGCGUGAUGUUUCGGUAAAUCCCAUAAGUGAAUUCUGAAUAGGAGUGAAUGUAAAGUACCCUAUAGACAUUUAUGAUGGUCGUUAUUGCCGUAAGGACCUGUCCCACUACGCAGAGUCCCACACCUGCCGCUAAUGGCUUCUUAGUGAGUAACCGCAGCGCAGAUUUUGCCGAGAACUUCUGCCUUGUUUUGCCUCCCUGUGAUUUUUCAGCAAGUUUGUGGGACGACAGGCCAGUAAGACACGUACCUGACACUAAAGUCACAAGGUGAUUUAAUACAUAUUCAGCCGCACAAAGUAGGAAAUACAACCUUCCCAGAAGCAGUAGGGAGAUUCUGCCCAUUUCUGUGCUAGGAUCUAAUUUUAAAUAGGCAAAAAUUCACUAGUGUUCAGCUGGAAUUCACUGUUUUUUUUAUUAUUAUUUAUAUCUGGCUUUUAAUGCGAGAGGCGCAUUGUGUCAUCUGUUUGUUAGUCAUAUUGAUGUGUCGCUGAGCGUAAGGUACAUAUCAGAGCGCUGUAUCAGAGCGCUGUAUCAGAGCGCAGUAUCAGAGCGCAGUAUCAGAGCGCUGUAUCAGAGCGCUGUAUCAGAGCGCUGUAUCAGAGCGCUGUAUCAGAGCGCUGUAUCAGAGCGCUGUAUCAGAGCGCUGUAUCAGAGCGCAGUAUCAGAGCGCUGUAUCAGAGCGCAGUAUCAGAGCGCUGUAUCAGAGCGCUGUAUCAGAGCACUGCACUUUGCAUCAGAUACUCACCCCGUCCCUCUCAUUCCCACUGCCAGCUCUUACCCCGCCCUUUUUGUCAUGCUGUCCACCUUUGGUCCUCUUCCAUACUGUCAGCAAGCUCCGUGCCCCAGACAUUGGGCCGGACGGAGCUGCUCCCUGCUGGCCGCUCAUUUCUCUGGC